GUGGGGGCCGCGGGAGGGAGGCGGGAAGAGCGUUGCACUUCCGCUGGCCGGCGGCUCCUGGAGGCCACAGUGGGAGCGGAGGGAGCGCGCGGCCCGGGGCCCCGCAGUCCCCGGCCCCUCCUCCGCCCCACGCAGCCGGGACCAUGGACCCCAGGUGGUGGGCAGUGGUGGUGCUGGCUGCGCUCCCCUCCCUGGGGGCAGGUGGGGAGAAGAACCCCGAAGCCCCUCCGGAGUCGUGGACUCAGCUCUGGUUCUUCCGCUUUUUGGUGAACGCGGCUGGCUAUGCAAGCUUUAUGGUGCCUGGCUACCUGCUGGUGCAGUACUUCAGGCGGAAGAACUACCUGGAAACAGGUAGGGGUCUCUGCUUCCCCCUGGUGAAAACUUGUGUGUUUGGCAAUGAGCCCAAGGCCCCGGAUGAGAUUCCCCUGGCUGCCCGGGCAGAUCCAGCGGAGACCAGUCCCACUUGGCAGGCCCUGAAGCUGCUGUUCUGUGCCUCGGGGCUCCAGGUGUCUUAUCUGACGUGGGGAGUGCUGCAGGAAAGAGUGAUGACCCGCAGCUACGGGGCCACGGCCACAUCUCCAGGCGAGCGCUUCUCGGACUCUCAGUUCCUGGUGCUCAUGAACCGCAUCCUGGCCCUGAUGGUGGCUGGCGUCUACUGCAUCUUAUGCAAGCAGCCCCGACAUGGGGCACCCAUGUACCGGUACUCCUUUGCCAGCCUGUCAAAUGUGCUCAGCAGCUGGUGCCAAUACGAAGCCCUCAAGUUCGUCAGCUUCCCCACCCAGGUGCUGGCCAAGGCCUCCAAGGUGAUCCCUGUUAUGCUGAUGGGAAAAUUGGUGUCUCGGCGCAGCUAUGAGCACUGGGAAUAUCUGACAGCUGGCCUCAUCUCCAUUGGGGUCAGCAUGUUCCUGCUGUCCAGCGGACCGGAGCCCCACAGCUCCCCGGCCACCACGCUCUCAGGCCUCAUCCUGUUGGCAGGCUACAUUGCCUUCGACAGCUUCACCUCCAACUGGCAGGACGCCCUGUUCGCCUAUAAGAUGUCAUCGGUGCAGAUGAUGUUUGGGGUCAACCUCUUCUCCUGCCUCUUCACGGUGGGCUCCCUGCUGGAGCAGGGGGCCCUCCUGGAGGGCAUCCGCUUCAUGGGGCGACACAGCGAGUUUGCAGCGCACACCCUGCUGCUCUCCAUCUGCUCUGCGUGUGGCCAGCUCUUCAUCUUCUACACCAUCGGGCAGUUUGGGGCUGCCGUCUUCACCAUCAUCAUGACCCUCCGCCAGGCCUUCGCCAUCCUCCUUUCCUGCCUCCUCUAUGGCCACACUGUCACUGUGGUGGGGGGCCUGGGAGUGGCUGUGGUCUUUGCUGCCCUCCUGCUCCGGGUCUAUGCCCGGGGCCGUCUAAAGCAGCGGGGAAAGAAGGCCAUGCCAGUCGAGUCAUCUGUGCAGAAGGUUUGAGGGCCCAAGGGAUGACUGGGACCCGCUUACUGUACCAGUUUUUCCUCUCCUACUGUCUCUCCUUGGAGGCAGCUGGCCCCCCGGGCAAAAUGCAGGUUUCUCGACCAGCGCUGCAGCAGGGGGCAGGGAGCCCAGGAGGCGGCCUUCCCUGUUGCCUUGUCACCCAGCCUCCAGUGGGCAGGAUUCUCCCCAGGGUGGAGAGAACAGUGGGGGACUGAGAAGGUGGAGGCGCCUUCCGAAGCCCCUCCCUCCUCUGGUUCCGCGAAGUCUUGCCCUGGAGGCUCUGCUAGUGCCUCACCUGUGCUUGUCCCCUACCUUGACUACUACCCUUUCAGACUCUGAGACAUGCAUUUCUUCCUCUGGUGAGAGAAGCACAAGUGUAGGCUCCCGAUGCUGCUUUCCCAGGAGAGAAAGUGAAUGAUGGUGCUGUGCUGGGCGAGGGGUUGGGAAUCCUGCCCAGCACCACCAGCCCCCCUGCUCCUGGAUCCCUAGGCUCUGCCCUAUGAAUCAGUUGCAGGUUUUGGUACUUUGGAAAUAUAACUUUUGCUCUUAUUUUAUUAAAUUAAAUUGCUGCA